CAGUUAGAAUCUUGAAGCUUGAAGCUUUCUGAGCUAGCGAAAGAGACAGCAAACAUAUAUAGAAACAAAACAGAAUACAAACAAAUUGUUAUUGUUAUUGUUAUAUUGUUUUGGUUAUUGGUUAUUAUUCGAACAAAGAAGGCAUAAAUUAUUGUUGGAAGCAGCAUGGCUGAGGUAGCGAAAACAGGUGGCGAGUCCUUGUCGGAUACGCCGAUUGAGAUCCUGAAUAUUGAGUACGAGGAGGCGAUGGAGCAAGCGGAAACCCCCCAAGCCCCGAUGCCCAAGAGUGGCAAGCUCAUCAAGAAGGCCAUGAAGAAGGCGCACAAGGCGCAACAUAUGCUUCAGGUGGCCAUGGAUCAGCUGAUCGCUGAGCAGGCCAAGGGCAAGCGGCUGGAGGCCAAGGAGGCCAAGCAGGCCAAGAAGCUCAAGCAGCAGCAAAAGAAGAAGGACAAGAAGGCCAAAAAGUUGGCCAAGAAGCUGGCGAAGGAGCAAUCGCAAUCGCAACCGGAUCCGGAGCAGGAUUCGAACGAGAACCAGAACGAGAACGAGAAGAUGCGCUCGCGUUCAAGCAGCGUCAGCUCUACUUCGAGUUCGUCGAGCUCCUCCUCGUCCAGCUCCUCCUCCUCCUCGUCGAGCUCGUCGAGCAGCGACAACUCCGAUUUUGGCCACUGCCAUGCCUGGGGUCGCAAAUGGAAGGGACGACAUGGUCAUCCCCAUUGCCGCAGGGAUCGCUCCAGGUCCGUUUCUGGCGAUGGCCACAGCCGCCGUCACGGACAUCAUGGACAUGGACACGGACACGGACAUGGUCACGGACAUGGUUAUGGUCAUGGUCAUGGUCACGGACAUGGUGAUGGUCAUGGACAUGGUCAUGGACAUGGUCAUGGUCAUGGUCAUGGACAUGGACAUGGGCACAGGCACGGCCCAGGUCCCCAUCACUUUGGACCGCAUCACUUUGGCCCCAAUCGCUUUGGCCCCCAUCGCUUUGGACCCCAUCAUUUUGGUGGCCAUAAUUUUGGAGGUGGAUGCCCUUGGUCUAUGUGGGAUCAGGAGCAGUUUUUUCGGAGCGGCGGCCUGCCGUGGGCCCUGGAAACGAGCACGGCAUGUCAGAGAAACGGAUCGAGAUCUAGGUCGCGUUCGCUUUCGCACGGCAGAGGUUGUGGACAUCACGGCAGAGGAGAUAAACGAGCCGAAUGCGGACACGGAUACGGACAUGGACAUGGCCACAAGGGUCGUCACUAUGAGUGUCAACUAAAUCGUUCCAGUUCCAGUUCAAGAUCGGACAGCGAGGAAAACGAGGAUCGUCAUCAUGGUCCGCAUCAUGGUCCUCACCAUGGGCCUCAUCAUGGUCCGCAUCAUGGUCGUCACCAUGGUCCGCAUCAUGGUCCUCAUCAUGGUCCGCAUCAUGGUCGUCACCAUGGUCCGCAUCAUGGUCCUCAUGAUGAUCCUCACCAUGGUCCGCAUCAUGGUCCUCAUGAUGGUCCGCAUCAUGGUCCUCAUCAUGGUCCGCAUCAUGGCUCUCGGCAUGGGUCGUCUGCUGGUCCAUCCGAUUUUCAGGAUCACUGCAGCCGUUCACGUUCGCGAUCCCAGUGCAAAGCUGGCAACUUUGUUGAGCACUCGAAAUCUGGACACCCAAAGCAAGGCAAACACUGCGUGGACGAGGGAAUGGCACGAGAUAACCACAAGAAGCAUUCACACAGAUUCAAAGAAGAUUCACAUCACGGAGCUACUGGAUUCUACCGGGUUUUCGAACCCGCUCCCUGGUCUUAAAAGCUUGAACCGCACUGCCUGCGAUAAUUGUUUUUUUUUUUUUGCAAUUUGGAGGCGCCACCGACAAUCAAUUUAAAUGCUGCCCCUUUUGCUUUUUUUUUUUUAAAUAAUACGCAUAUAUCAAAAUAUUAUCUUCAAUAUAAGAGGCAAACAUAAUCAAAAUAUAAAAAGCCUUUAAAAAAUAUAUUUGUUUAUCAAAAAUACCCCAUCUAUAUAUAUGUAUCGAUAUACUUGUUGUAAGUGUGUAAAACUAUAUUCAAAUAAAAGUUGCAUAAAAAGUGA